AUGCGUUGGUCACAAACAAUGAACGCUAACGCACUGCGGCCGUACUUUAGGGCAAAAGGGGAAGAAACUGGAUGUUUGGCGUAUCGGGCUAGGAGGCAUCGUCUUUUUGGUGAGCUGGAGCCAUCUUUGACCGUCACAGAGCAAAACCAGGCAGACCGAGUUCGGUAUAUCUUGAGCUCAAAUAUAUUUGAUGUCGCCGAACUCGAACGGCUACGACGUGAUGUUUUUCCCUCAUCGGAUGAAAAUGCUACGGCUGAGGAUGCGGCGCCACAAAUUGUAGAGCAACCCGCAAACGUGGAUGCCACCGUGAAUACCCCAGUUGUGGUUGAUUCAAACGAUGAUGGAACAGUCACCCAGGAACUGGAAUUAGAGCAUAUGAGGAGUACAUUGGAUGAGGUGAUUGUAGAAACUAUUGUAAGGGCUCUGCACCCAAUGCUGUUGACCUAUUUGGAAGCCAGCCGGAACCUUUGCUAG